CAGACUUUUAUGUUUGGCUGUUUUCGUGGCAUUCAGCCACGCUAACCAGAAAUGUCAACUGCAUAAUGGGGUAAGAAUGUUUAAUGGGAAAUUUUGUGCUUCUACCACUAACUACAUCGACCAUCAUAAGGGUGCAUGCGGCUGUGGUCAUGGCGAUACGCAGUUUUCAUGGAAUCACGAUCAUUUAGUCGUAGCAGCAAGUCAGAACUUAUUUGAUACAACUCAAGGCAAGAAAACAUGGUGUGGUCAAUCUUGUGGAAAAUGUGUAAAGCUUACCCCUACAGGUGGUUUCGUUCAAAAUAGAGGAACUGCUCCAAAAAGUUUAGCUUCACACACUUUUAUGAUUACCAACUUAUGUCCACCUUGGGCACCAAACCAAGACUGGUGUGCACAGACAGGUGGUCCUGGACAUGUUAGCCAUCCUAAUAAAUAUGGUUAUGAGGUUCAUUUUGAUGUUGAAAAUGGGGCUAAACAAGUAUCACAUUUAGGAUGGGACAAUCCUGAAGUCACGUGGGAAUUUGUACCUUGCAAGGGUUCCAAUACACCAUCUUAUGGAUUAUGGCACCAAUGUGAAUGUUCACAUUAAAUUUAUAUUAUAACCAUUA